GCGGGGCGCGGGGUUCCACUAGGCGGGGGUCGAAGGGCAAGGCCAGCCGGAGACCCGGGCGGGUGCGUGGGAGCCGAGGGUCACUUCCCGGGGGGAGGGGGACGGCAGACAAGGGGAUCUGGUCUCCGCCGCCGACGGGCACCGUCUUCGCCGCCCGCUUUGGUACGCAGGUUGCCGCAAUAGCGAGCAGCCGGCUCUGGGGGGAGCCUGCGGGAUUGGGGGGUGGGGAGCCCGGGAUCUGCGGGUUCGGGUCCCCGAAGGAUCCUGUGGCCGGAGCCCGAGGGCCGGCCCGCAGGCCCCUCCCACUCCGUCAGGUCUUUGUCCAGCGGCCCCUGUGUGUGUGUGGGAGGGGGUGGGGGCUGGGUUCCUGGCCCGGAGAUCCCCCAGCAUCGUGACGGGGCAGUGACAGGAGACUGAGGCCACUUCGGGCCCUGCGCCCCUAACGCCCACCCCCUUCCUUUCUUCUCUUCUGGCCGGGGAGAGCGUAGCCCCAUCUCAGAGUCAGGGGCGUUGCAAGAAGCUGCACUUACCUUCUCCCGUGGGCUACAGGCUACAAGGGAGACCCUCUGAGCUCCCCGCUCUCUAGAGAGCGCCCCCUUCAACUUGCCCACUCCUAGAGCCCUCUCGGUCUACGCAGAGAUUCCCUUGCUAGGAACCCGCUCUGUCGAGGGUCCUCCGCAGAAGGGCGGGCGCACAGUAGGUGCUUAGACCAGGUGGGCCCCCUUCCCCGGCGCCUGCGGUCCCCGAGCCGCUGCUGGGCGGAGGAGGCCUGGGAAGGGUCUGCGCCGGGAGAGAGCGAGCGGCCUGGAGCCUGCGCCCAGCGGCGGCCCGGAGCGCAGGGGUGGGUGGACGGGUGGGUGGGCUGUUAAAGGGACGGUCACUAAAUCAGGAUUAGGCCGUGGGGCUGUCAGGCUGCCUGGCCCUGUCUCCAUGGAUACCUAAUUUGGAGGAGAAUAGAGGACGGAAGAAUGUUUGUGUUGUGGUCCGCACGGGCUGCCGCGGCUGAGCGGGCUCUUGCCUCGGGCCAGGCAGCGGGGAGCCGGGCUCUGGUUCCAAGCCCGCUCUGGGCUUCUGCGGGGGCCACUUCUCGGUUCUCCGGGCCCAGAGCCUUCCCUGUGGAGUCUCCGGAGUGGGCCGGAUGGUGCCACGGUCCAAAGCCCCCUGAUCUGCACAGGGAGCCCCAGACCCGCCGGAAUCCAGCCUGAACCUCCUGUGCACCCUCCUGGAAACGGCCGCGCUGAGGUUCCUCAGAGCCCCCCCCCGGACCCCCUGGCCGGGAGCACCCGCCGUCCUCCGCUCAGCCUUGGCCCGGGAGGACCCACUCUCCGGGCAGCUCGGGGCUGCGGCGCGGCCGGUACCCCGCGGCGGAGCGCGGACCCCACGGCGGCGGAGCGCGGGCAGGGGGCGGGGCGCGACUUCCUGGGGUGGGCGAGAAAGGGGCGGGGCUUGCCGGCUGGCUGCGCUGGACGCGGUGACAGGCCUCGUAAAUCCCCCUUUCCCAUAUUUAACACCAUUUCGUUUAUUUCCACUUGAAUCUAUUGGUGCUGCAGCAGUGACCCCAGCGAGGAGCGACCCUCGCCCUGGCUGUAAUACCUUCUGGGGGAAAGUCCUCCUGGGCCAAAGGGACCUUAGUUAUGUAGGGCAGUGGACUUGCUGCUGGUGAGUCCCAGAUAACCCGAAAUCUUUAGGGGGACCUCCAUCUCCCCAGGAGAAGAAGUGGGGGCUGAGAGGCACGGGGAGGAGUUUGGCCUCUGAGGCCCUGCGGGAUUCUCUGGCCGUGGUCUAAGAGUGGGCUGGGCUGAGGAUCCCAAGGGUAGACAAUUCCAGUACACAGACUGGAGGGGGGUAAGGGAGAGGGACCGGACCAGACCGGAAUGUUUUGUUCCAAGAGCCCUUUCCUGCCUUCCUCCUGGUCAUCCAUGGCCACAGCUUUUUUAGGGAGCAAGGCUCCCGUCCCCUCCCCGGCCUGGGCUGCGGCUUUAUUGCUGAGAUCUCAGACUCUCCACGCAAUUUCACGCCUCUCUGCCUUUGCUCUUGCUGUUCCCUCAGCCAAAUGCCUUCCCCAUUGUCCCUGUCUUCCCACCACCUCCUCAUUCUUCAAGGCCCAACUCGGAUGCCAUACUUCCUCCGUGUAGCCUCGCCAGAGCCCCCAGCUCUCGCACUUGGUGCUCUCGCCAUGUUCUCCUAGUCCUGCACCUGUGCCUCCUGCAGCCUUUGUGGCUGCGUCCACACUAGGCUUUGCCUCCGGGAGCACAGGGAUGGAGCCUCUACUUCCCCGCACCCUGCCCACGCUGGGCCCGGCACGGAGCUUGGCACCUUGUGCGUGCCCCAGGAAUAUGUGUUGGCUGAAGACACGGGGUUAGUUCUGUCGAAGAUGCACUGGACACCGGAACACGCCCAGUCCCUCAACCAGUGGCCAGAGCAGCACCUGGACGUCUCCUCCACUACCCCGUCGCCGGCCCACAAGUUGGAGCUGCCCCCUGGGGGUCGCCAGCGCUGCCACUAUGCUUGGGCGCACGACGACAUCUCUGCCCUCACAGCCUCCAACCUCCUCAAGCGCUACGCAGAGAAGUACUCAGGGGUCCUGGACUCUCCCUACGAGCGCCCCGCGCUGGGCGGCUAUGGCGACGCCGCCUUCCUCAACGGCGCCAAGGGGGACCCCGAGCCCUGGCCAGGGCCGGAGCCACCCUACCCCUUGGCCUCACUCCACGAGGGCCUCCCGGGAACCAAGUCGAGCAGUGGGGGCGGCUCCGGGGGCCUCGGGGGCUCCCCGGUUUUAGGCGGGAACCUGCCUGACCCCCUCUACGCCGGCAAUGCGUGUGGAGGCCCGUCGGCGGCGCCCGAGUACGGGGCGGGCUACGGCGGGGGGUACCUGGCCCCCGGCUACUGCGCGCAGACCGGCACCGCGCUGCCCCCGCCGCCCCCCGCCGCCCUCCUGCAGCCCCCGCCUCCGCCGGGCUACGGCCCCUCGGGGCCGCUGUACAACUACCCCGCGGGGGGCUACGCCGCGCAGCCCGGCUACGGGGCCCUCCCGCCGCCCCCGGCCCCGCCCCCGGCCCCCUACCUGACCUCGGGGCUGGCGGCGCCCACGCCCCUGCCGGCGCCCGCUCCGCCCCGGCCGGCGCCCACCUCCUACAGCUUCCAGGCGGCCGAGGCCGGGGUGUCGCUGAAGCGCAAGGCCGCCGACGAAGGCGCGGAGGGCCGCUACCGCAAGUACGUCUACGAGCCCGCCAAGGCCCCGGCGGCCGACGGCGCCUCCUACCCCGCAACGGACAACGGCGAGUGUCGGGGCAACGGGUUCCGGCCGAAGCCGCCGGGAGCCGCGGAGGAGGCGUCGGGCAAGUACGGUGGCGGCGUGCCCCUCAAGGUCUUGGGCUCCCCCGUCUACGGCCCGCAACUCGAGCCCUUUGAAAAGUUCCCGGAGCGCGCCCCGGCGCCGGCUCCCCGCGGGGGCUUCGCGGUGCCGUCGGGAGAGCCCCCCAAAGGCGUGGACCCGGGGGCCCUGGAGCUGGUGACGAGCAAGAUGCUAGACUGCGGGCCCCCGGUGCAGUGGGCAGACGUGGCAGGUCAGGGCGCGCUCAAGGCGGCGCUGGAGGAGGAGCUGGUGUGGCCCCUGCUCAGGCCGCCCGCCUACCCCGGCAGCCCGCGCCCGCCGCGGACCGUGCUGCUCUUCGGACCGCGGGGCGCUGGCAAAGCGCUGCUGGGCCGCUGCCUGGCCACGCAGCUGGGCGCCACGCUGCUGCGCCUGCGCGGAGCGACGCUGGCCGCGCCGGGCGCCGCCGAGGGCGCGCACCUCCUCCAGGCCGCCUUCGCGGCUGCGCGCUGCCGCCCGCCCUCCGUGCUCCUCAUCAGCGAGCUGGACGCGCUGCUCCCGGCUCGGGACGACGGCGUCGCUGCGGCGGGCGCGCUGCAGGCGCCGCUCAUGGCUUGCCUGGAUGGCGGCUGCGGCGCGGGGGCCGACGGCGUGCUGGUCGUGGGCACCACCUCGCGGCCCGCGGCUCUGGACGAGGCUACCCGCCGGCGCUUCGCUCUCCGCUUCUACGUGGCGUUGCCCGACGGCCCUGCCCGCGGGCAGAUCCUGCAGCGGGCGCUGGCCCAGCAGGGCUGCGCGCUGAACGAGCGGGAGCUCGCGGCCCUGGUGCAGGGCACCCAGGGUUUCUCCGGGGGCGAGCUGGGGCAGCUGUGCCAGCAGGCAGCGGCCGGGGCGGGCCUCCCGGGGCUGCAGCGGCCCCUCUCCUACAAGGACUUGGAGGCGGCGCUCGCCAAGGUGGGCCCUAGGGCCUCCCCCAAGGACCUGGACUCGUACGUGGAAUGGGACAAAAUGUACGGCUCCGGACACUGACGGCGCGCCGGGAGGCCGCGGGAGCAAGCCGCCCCGCUCCCCCCGCCCCUCCGGUCGGGAGGGUUGUCUUUAACCAAACCGGGCUGGGAGGGUGCCGGAGUGAUGAAUGUGGGCUGGGGGAGGGGAGGGGCUGCCGGUGAAAUUUUUUUUUUUUUCCGUGGGAAGGAAAAUGCUUCUGCUAGGCAGAUAGAUGCCAUAUGCGCUGUGUACUCAGGUUUUUCCUAUUUAUUGUGGACGGGAAGCUCGCCAUCUCCUCCCGGCCGACGGGCAGACCCGGGAUAGGCUGGCACCCGGGGCCUAAGGAACUCCUGCGCCCUCGCCACAAUCCUUUUGUCUCCUCGCUCCCUGAAUGGCUCUCUCCUCCCCCCUCUUUCUCUGCAUUCGCGUAGUUUUCUCUCUCCGUGGUUUUGUCACUGACUUUCUCCUAUGUUGGCCCUGUUUCUCUUUUGCCCCUCCCUCCCCAUCUCUCCGUCUAUCACCCUCUGUGCUUCUGUCUCCCUCCCUCGCUUUCCAGCCUCUCUGUUUCUCUUGGUCCCUCUCAUUCAAAAGAAUGCAGUGUACCUUUGCAGGAGAUCUGAAAGUCCAGGGGCUGAGGAGGAGGGGUAGGGAGUUCCCUCCCACCCCAUUAUCCUUCACCCAGCUGUAUCCUUGGGUCUUGGGGGGGGGGGGGGCGGGGGGGAGGGCAAGCAAAAAAAAAAAAAAGAAAAGAAAAAAAGAAAAAAAAAAACACCCAAAGAAGGGUUUUGUUUGUUUGUUUGUUUUUGAGGGGGAAAUCCCAGAAAUGUAGCUUGUUUAAUAUUUUAGGCCUCUUAUUUUUGUAAGAUGAGUAGAAUUUGCUGUUUUUCGUUUUAUUUUGACAACUCAGGAAGAAACUGACCUCAGAAAGAAUGUUAGACUUUGGCUGCUCUCCUGUGUGUACCCUGCCCCCCCACCCCAGAUUCUCCCAGGAGACUCAGAAAGUGAAACUUGUGGGGAAGGAGAGAGGAAGACCCAGAGCCACACUAAAACCCCUGCUCUUCCUGGGACAGAAGCGGAAUGUAUUUCUAGGGCUUCCUCCCCAGGUCCAAGGUUGUAGGCAGGGGUGUGGGGGAGUGGGUUGUGGGAUUUGAGAAGGAGUAGGUCCUGCUGCUCUCCCCCUGAGCCCCACCCUCCAGCUUAGUGUUUUCUGUUUAGCGUUAUCCAGAGGGAUGCCCCUUGCCCCCCUUCCUGCCCCAGAUCCAGAGAGAGAGGGCCCGGAUGGGAAGGUGACCUGGGCAGAAAGUCCCCAGAGAGGUCAUCUCACCUGGCCCUUCAUAGGCGGAGGUCUUCUAUAACUUCUGUUAAGAGGAUUCCCUCGGGAGAGAAGACAGUGUGGCCACAAGUCUGGUUGGGCACAAAAACUGACGACAGACUCAGCUUCCCUGGGUGUUGGGAGACUCCAAGGAGGAGUGAGCAUCUGUUACAGAAGAACAUUCUGUGGGCAAGUGUGCCUCCCAUCAUCCCAGGGUCCUGGGUUGGGAGAUCCAGGGGCUGCGAGAGGGUGAAGGAGAUGGGCAGACUGUUUUUCCCAGACGUGGGGGGGUUAUUUUCAGUCCCACCCAAACUUUCCACCCGAAGCCAGGCUUGGGGGCCCUUCCUUGUGAGAACAAUAUUCCUCUCUUUCCCAGCAGCUUUCCUUUGAUGGGGCUUCAGUUUGUCUCCCUCCCCCUCAGGGAGCCCAUUUCACAACUCUGCCCUUUGCUCCAAAGUAGGGUGCAAACCCUCACCCUAUCUCUUCUCUCUCCCCCCUCGGCCCCUCCACCCCAUUCCCUGUUCACCCUUAUAGCUCCUACAGUCUCUACCAUCUCCCACUCCCAGCUGGAGGGGUGUCCAUGGGGGACAUUUCAGGUGCCAAGGUGCUGAGGGCCUGUGCUGGCCUAGGUAGGAGUGCUAACAGGAAAGCUGCUCUGUUUUCCCCUCCUUUUCAUCCUUGGUCUUUUUGGGCCUCCUCUCCUUGGAGCUGACUGACUGCAGGGCUUGGGUGCCCAGAAGCGGUGGGCUGCACUGCUGGGAAGGGCCCUUUGGAGGGAGCAGGGCGGGAGGAGGUUCUCUCAGGUGUGCGGAUGUAUAUGGGGGGGUGGAGGGCAUGGGGAAGUGGGAUUGGGAUGCCAGCCUUCCCUUCAAGAGGCAGGCAGCUGCGGGGAGGGGGAGCUCACUGAGACCCAGGGCCCCCACUGCCUACUCUGCUGGCCUUGGGGAACUUUGCACAAGGACACAGCCCCCAGUCUACUAGCACCUACCUCAUGGGCACUGGGGCGGGGGGUGGGGAAGGGCAGGUCCAGCUCUGGCAAUGUUGGGGGGGCAUACCAAAGAAUCCAGGGGCAGGGAUUGGGGAAGGGCAGACUUGGCAAGCUGGCCCUUCUCUUCCUCUACCCAGACUGGGGUUGGGGUCCUCUCCUCCAGCUGUAACCAUUUCUACCUCAUUUUGCUGCGUGUUGUACAUGGACGUAUUUAUCUCCUGUCUGACGAUGCUCUGCAGUUGUGGUCUGUCUACCUCAGAAGAGACUGUAUUUUAAAAGAAAGUAUUACACAGUAUUAAAGCGAUGACAUGUGGUUUCCAGAGGAUUUCUUGGGGGCAGCAGGAUGUGGGGAGCCCUCUGGGGAAUGCUUGGGCAUCCAGGUGUGCCACGGGUGGUGCGGCCCUGUGGGUGUUUCUAGUCCUUCAGCAGAACAUUACUGCGGGACUCCUAGUACUCACUCUGCCGCAGCAAGUGCCUACCCAGCGUUGGGCCCUAAGGCCUACGAAGUGAGAAGCCCCUGGAUAGGGAAGGCCCUCCUGCAGCUUCGAGCUCCCAGAGGCUCAGAAUUCGGGCUGACUCCUAUCUCCAGAGUCCCAAAGUAUGAGGGGAAAGAAGGGCUCACAUGUUUGUUGAAUGAGUGAAUGGAUGAGGAAAUGAAUGCUCGGAGAAAACGGGGGCUGAAGAGGCUGGUGCACUCAGAAUGUGGACAGCAGCCCUUGCUGGCUAGAGCUAAGAUUAGACUUCUUGAUUCUUGGAGGGAGGAAAGGGGGCAGAGGGCAGGGUAUGGAGACAGCCAAGUUCCAGUCUUCAGGGGCACGUGGGAUCCUUUGUCUGCCACCAUCUGUCCAUUCCCAAACUCUACCUUUGCCAGCUCAUCAUAAACUGAGAGCCUGAGAACCAGGAGGGAAGAUCUUGUUGAAAAAGCUAUAUGGAGAUACCUGUUGGAGGUGUGGACCCACAACCUCUUGAGGUCCUUGCAUGCUCUAAGCAAAAUUACUGAAGAUGCACCAGCAUGCACGGGCUCAGGGCUGACACAUGCCCUGGGCUUUCGGGGGCAAAGCAAGCCCAAGGGGAGAGCCCGCAAAGCAGCCGGCUCCCCUGUGAGAGAAACAAUUGUGUGCCUGCACAUGGAGGCUCCAGGCAUUGCCCCAGGACUCGGUGAUGCCAACCCUCUUGGCCUUUGGAGGUCUAGACCUCCCUCACACUCCAGUUGGCUUAUUACACUCCUACUCUGUACAGACACUGUAGCACUGAGGAUACAGAAAUGGUUAAGCACAGCCACUGUUCAAGAUGAGAAGAACUAAAAAUUGGGUCAUUUGAAAAUAAGUGGGUAAAGCUGCUUGGGGAGGGACCAUAUACAAAUUUUAUGUUCUCACGUCUGGUAUAGGAUUUGGUACAUGCAAGACACUAAAAUACUAGAUAAGUCCUUCAAUUAACCAAUUUCUAGAGAAAUGACCUAAUGGAGGAUGCACAGGCUAUCUUGGAACAGAAUACCAACACAAAACCAAAACAAGCUAUCUCAAGAAUGCCCAGAAAAGUUCCUGACUCCUGGUGGUGGUGGUGUGUUAGAAAAACUUCCUGGACCGGCGUGGGGGGGUGGGGGGCAGCUGGAAAGCACCAUAGGUGUGAUUUGUUCCAGGAGCAUAAAGUGAGGGCAGGGGUGGGAGGGCUGGAGGAAGUGAGGCUGGACCACUUGCACCCUGAGGAGCUUUCAUGCCCGGGGAAGAGCUGAGGCUUGGAGAUGAAAGUCACGUGUGUGCUUGGAGGAAAGGGGGUUGGUGGCCUGUGGACAUGGCCUGAUUUGCAAGUUAAGAAUUCAUACACGGGGGCGCCUGGGUGGCUCAGUCGUUAAGCAUCUGCCUUCAGCUCAGGUCAUGAUCCCAGGGUCCUGGGAUCGAGUCCCACAUCGGGCUCCCUGCUCGGCAGGAAGCCUGCUUCUUGCUCUCCCACUCCCCCUGCUUGUGUUCCUGCUCUCGCUCUCUCUCUCUGUCAAAUAAAUAAAUAAAAUCUUUAAAAAAAAAAAAAAGAAUUCAUACACGGAUCCAACAAAUCUUUACUGAACACCUACUUUGUGCUAGUUGCUGCGGGAACAGCAGAUGGACCUUACAGUGGAAUGGAGGAGACAGAAAAAGGCAGAGGGGCAGCGUAGUGUAGGAGUAGAUAAGAGGGGUACCUAAUGGAGAGGGGCGAAGGGUG